UAACAACACAAGAAAACACUGGGCUAACAGCACAAGAAAACACUGGGCUAACAACACAAGAAAACACUGGGCCAUGAUCUGUGUUUGUUGAAUCCACCGUUUCUCUAGUGCUGCCAUAAAUCUGUCACCCGAGAAAGAAAUCAGGCCCACACUUGGACCUGUCGAGACACCGAUCUAGGUGUGUGUAGGGAAGCAUAACAACACGUGUGUAGCGAAACAUAACAACACGUGUGUAAACAUAACACGCGGUCAUGACCAAGUUGUGUCAGUCCUCUAGUCUUCUUACGUUGCUGCUCUUUACAGGCGUCCAGCCGUCCCCCCUCCACCUCCCCUGCACCAACUCCCAGACCAGCUGUGGCCUCUCCCUUGUGGAGCCAGUCAGUCACCGCAUCAUUGGGGGCGGGGAGGCGCCGGUAGGGGCCUGGCCAUGGAUAGUACUUCUGGCAGAGUUGGGUUUCUCUGCGUGCGGUGGCGCCAUCAUAAGUGAAUAUUAUAUUUUAACAGCCACUCAUUGUUUUAGUGGAGCAAGCAAUGAUCCAAAAAGGUGGCAAGUCCUGGCUGGCAAACAUUACCUGAACAGAGUGGAUCCUGGUCAGCAAGUGGUCAAGGUUUCCCAGAUAAUCCUUCAUGACAACUUUGACAAUGUGUCAGUGGCCAAUGACAUUGCUCUGCUGCUAUUGGAGGAGCCAUUGGUCUUCUCUGACGUCAUCAGGCCUGUCUGUCUGCCUACAGCGGACCAGGGUGUGACAGAAGGGGAAGUUUGUGUUAUGGCAGGGUGGGGCAGUACCCAAGGGACAGCUGACCAGAUGGUUCUCAACCAGGUCCUCUUGCCCAUCAUCUCAGAUGACAUAUGUGCCUUGUCAGACUGGUAUGGACGAGACUUCAUUCCAGGGUCAACUUUUUGUGCAGGCUAUGAGGAGGGUGGAAAAGAUGGAUGUACAGGUGACAGUGGUGGCUCAUUGAUAUGUAGACGUAAUGGUCGCUGGUUCAGCCAAGGUAUAUCCAGCUGGGGCUACAGCUGUGCUGAGUACAAGUGGCCAGGUAUCUACACAGAUGUCAGCGUCUACAGCACCUGGAUCACAGACAAGAUGAAAGCUUACAGUAACUGUUUGGAUGUCAUUGGUUAACACAUUCUCUGGACACGACUGCUUACACUAUGCUCAACCCUUUAACCAAGUGAGAAAAUUAUUUAUUGCCAUAGUAGAAAAAAUUGUGUACAGUUUUAAAAAGUGAAUUUCAGGAUUAAACAUGUCAGGAAUAUAAUUUGCACUAUUUUUUAAAAAAAGUCUGAAAUUGUUUUAAAAACCCACAGAAAAUUGUCCGUAGUUUUUUUGUUUCAGUAGCAACUAUGUCUAUAAACUGAUAUAGGCUGUACUGGCUCUAUAAACUGAUACAGGCUGUACUAUAAAGGGGAAAGUAAGGUCUGAUCUUGCUCGCAGUUGACAUAUGUUUGUUAGGGG